UGCAGGCUUGGGGCCGUUGGUGACACCUUUUGACUGCGGGCCUUCCCUGAAGUUUACGCUUAUGAGCUUAUAUACAUAUCAAACCUGUGUCUUAUGUAGCAUAACCAUGUGUUCCUGUCAAGUCUCCUCAAACUUCUCUACUGUUAUUUUCAUAUACUACACAAGCUGGGCCUCGAACCGUGAACCUCGAGAGUGAACCCGGGCCUCUACUCAAACCGAAUAUAUCUACAGCUUCGCAUCAUUCAACCACACACAAUGGCGGUAGCCAGCUUGGGUUUAAGCUGUCCUAAAGGUGGCGACUUUUACAUCUGCGAAGAUAGCAAAGUCGAGUUCCUAGGCUGCUGUGCGACAAACCCCUGCGCCGACGGCAGCGGGAAGUGCCCGACAAAGGACAGGAGGAUAUCGGCCUUCAACCCGGACCGCUACGCAAACAUACCAGCCCAGGGCUGUGACGACGCCAGGCCGCCGAGCGAGAUCUUCUGGACGUGCACAAACGAUAUCUCCUUCAUCGGGUGCUGCGCGACGAACCCGUGCCAGGAGCCGGACGGGUUAUGCCCGCAAACGAAUCUUAUAUCGGCGACGCUGAGUUCGAAUGCGAGCUCGAGGGCCGUGUUCCUCCGGGAUGAGUCCGUGACACCCACGCCGUCGGCAUCAUCAUCGGCGACGGCCACACCGACUCCGAGUGGGUCUCCUUCCGCAGGUGGUGGUGGAGGUUUGGGAACGGGAGCCAUUGUCGGCAUUGCGAUUGGCGCGGCAGUAGCUGUUGGCAUCGUCGUGGCGAUCAUAUGGAGAUGUGGGUGGCACGCCAGAAAGCGCAACGAGAGGCGUGAACCGCCGGCGUGGGAGCCUGCUGUACAGAGUCCUCAUCCGAGCCAACACCCUGAGAUGGGAUAUGUGCCACACAGCAGUCCUAGCCCCUACGAUCCAGCAUAUGCAUCGUAUGCGACAACAGCCGUCCCCGAGUCUCAUGCCCCUUCAUCACCUCCGCCGCACUCACCAUACUACUCCAUGAAGCAUCCUAGCUCACCCAUGAGCAUGGACCCGCGCCAUAUGUCAACCUUCUCGGACAGCAAUGUGAGCUCUCUCAGCGGCCACCCUACAGGUCCGCGGCAUCUUCCAUCAUACUCUGCCCUUGGGAGCGAUUUGCACCCGGUCAGCGAGCUGGAUAGCACGGAGCGGGAGGUGCCGAGGGCAGAGCUGGGCGACGGAGCUCCGACGGCCACGAAGUGAUCAAUGACGAAUGACUGGUGUUAAAUGAUCGAUCUGUUUCUAUUCUAAGCGGGGAGUUUGGGGCGCAGCUUGACGAUUCAUCAUGGUGUCUUGACACUGGACAUCACGCAUUCUUAAUAGUUACUACUUCGGUAAUGUCUCUCAUCAGAAAGAGAUGAACCAUUAUCUGAUCCUGAAUGUACACCUUCUUCACUGCACACUCUGGGUUCGUCAUUAUUGGAUUUAGGCACCUCUAGUAGAUUAUACCAUUGCUAUUACACAUGUCAAC